AUGCUCAAGAUGAGAGCAAGCACCAUACCCACGAUGGUCAAACUCGGCCUGCUAGCGUUGCUCUCGCUCCUCGCCUUGACCCACCUCGUGCCUGGUUCGCUUGCACAGGGAGUUCAAUCCAAAGAGCAGAGCGCGCUCUACAAACGCAUCCAAGCCUCCAGCCAAGGCUACAUCGAUGUCGACGCCAACGAGUUUGCCUCAAUCGUACAGUUUCCACGCGACUUUGCUGUCACUGCGCUUCUCACCACCACGAACGGCAACAUCAAGUGUCCACCCUGUCAAGCGUUCCAGCCGGAGUUCGAGAAGCUCACCGAGCAGUGGAAUAAGAACAAGGCGGUCAAGUCGAAAAACGUCUUUGUCAAAGUUGAGUUCAGUCGGGGGCAGUCGGUGUUUGCCCAGUUCCAGCUGCAGCAUGCUCCCGUGCUCUACACGUUCCCGGCGCCGAGCAACGCCAAUGCUAAACCCGAGCACAUCUCGUUCGACUUUAACGAACGUGGCUUCGCGGCUCCCGAUGUUGCCGAGCAUCUCAACAAAGUGCUCAAGACGCAAUUCAGCUACAAGCAGCCGUUGAACCGCAAACUCAUCACGGCCACCGCAACAGGCGUCAUGUUCGUUGUCGGCUCCGUAUUCUUCUUGGGCCCCUACGUUCCCCUCUUCUUCAAGUCGUCCAAACCCAUCUGGAUGCUGCUCUGCAUCGGGAGCAUGAUUAUCUUCAACUCGGGCUACAUGUGGAACACGAUCCGCGGCGCACCGUACAUUGCCAUGGGCCAGGGCGGCCGACCGGAGUACUUUGCCGGCGGGUUCCAGAACCAGUAUGGCGUCGAGACACAGAUUGUGGCGGCCAUCUAUUCGUUGCUGGCAUUCAGCUUUAUCGCGCUAACGGUGCUCGUGCCUGCGCAGAGGGAUCCGACGCGACAGAGGGCGGGUGUGUACGUGUGGUCCGCCAUCUUUUUGGCGACGUUUAGUCUGCUGUUCUACAUCUUUAGGAUUAAGAACCCGAGCUAUCCGUUCCGUCUGUUCUUCUAG